AUGGAUCGGGGAAAAUCGACAGACGAUCAGGGGGCGCUCAAUGUCAAUUUAUAUCUACUCGAGUUUCUUGACGACCAUAACCAUAACCCCAUCCCCCCGACCCCGGUAUUACGGGGUGCGAUCUGGGGUCCCGUCUUGCUGCCGCACGUUACGCUGGGUUGCUCAAACAAGGCAUCGGCUUCUUCAAUCGGCACUUACUUCCCCGUCUGGGGAGCGUUCAGACAUGUCUCGCUUGGUAUGGCGCCACAUGGCUUUUGUCUGCGCGUAUACGCUGUCUCCGAACUCGAAAUGUUUGGCUGGGGCAUAGCCGUAUCCGGCUGGGAGCUGCAGUCUGCAGAUCCCCAGAGACUCCAGACCAAGACGAACUUCUUAAUUAUCAGUCUUGGCUUGGGCUUCUGGGGGGGAUAUCUUUCCUCGAUUCCUUUCUCUCUGCCGAAUAUCACAAAUAUCACAUUUUCCCAAGAAAUGUCGGCAUUUCGCAUUGUGGUAUUCAAUAUCGUGGUCCUAGUGAUCCUGCUCCGCAAAGGGAGGGCCAUCUUCUCGUUCUUGACACGGAAGGACGAGUUGUCUUACUUCCUCGCCACCUUCUGCUGCCUGCAGGAGCAAGGGAAGCACUCGAGGACAGACGACGGCGACAAAGGUCAAGACUCAAGACUCUAG